UGGUUAGAACAGGGAGGUGCUGGGAGCCCGGACUCCUGGGUUCUUUCCUGCCAGGGAUUGUACCUCCUCGUGGGGGGGACGCAGAUCAAUGUGAGCGAAGCCUCCAGCCGAGAUCUCGCUCCCCCAGGCCCCGCCGAGCCGCCCAGAGGAGGAGCUGGACAGACUGACCAGGAAGCUGGUGCACGACAUGAAUCACCCGCCAGCGGGGGAGUACUUCGGGCGCUGCGCCCGCUGUGGGGAGAACGUGGUGGGGGACGGGACGGGCUGCGUGGCCAUGGACCAGGUCUUCCACGUUCCCUGCUUCACCUGCACCACCUGCCACGCCCGGCUGCGGGGCCAACCCUUCUACGCCAUGGAGCGGCGGGCGUACUGCGAGGCCUGCUAUGUCGUGAGUGCCGGACGCCGGGGUUCUCUCCCCGGGGAGCGGGGGCUGGGGAUUUAGAACAGGGGGGGGUUGGGAGCCAGGACUCCUGGGUUCUCUCCCCGGCUCUGGGAGGGGAGUGGGGGCUGGU